AUGUCAGACGAUGAAGAUUGGCAAUCUGAUGUAGAGGAGGAUUCAGAUGAUGAUUGGGAUGAAGAACCAAAGAAGAAAACAGCUGCUAAAAAGACAACUACAGCUGCUGCGGCAACAAAAAAGAAGACAACAACAGCUGCUGCCAAGAAAGCAAAGGUUGUAGAGUUGGACAACAGCGAUGACGACGACGAGCCCAAACCCAAGAAGACAACAAAGGCACCCAAGAAACCUGCUGCCGCUCCAAGAAAGAAAGCUGCUGCCAAGAAAAAGAAAGCGGAAUCCGAAUCGGAAUUGGAGGACGAUAGUUUUGUUGUUCCAGAUGACGACGAUGAUGACGACGAUGAUGAAAGCAACAACAACAACUCGAGAAAACAACCAACAACCAACAUUACAAAGAAUGUAAAGUCGGUCGAUGAAACCUACAAGAGAAUGGAGUUACUCGAUCAGAUCUUGUUGCGUCCCGAUACCUACAUUGGAUCGACCGAGAAACAAGAGGAGGAGCUGUGGAUCUGGGAGAACGAGAGAAUGGUGCGUAGAAAGAUCAGCUACGUGCCUGGACUAUACAAGAUAUUCGACGAAAUCCUUGUGAAUGCCGCCGACAACAUUCAGCGUCCACUCCAAGAGGGUCAGAAAAAGAUGAAGCAAAUCAAGGUGGAGAUCGAUCCCGAGCACAACCGAAUCAUGGUGUGGAACGACGGUCCAGGUGUGCCAGUUGAGAUGCACAAGAAGGAGCAGAUGUACGUGCCAGAGAUGAUCUUUGGUCACUUGCUGACCUCGUCCAACUACGACGACUCUGAGAAGCGUCUGGCCGGUGGAAGAAACGGAUUCGGUGCGAAACUGGCCAAUGCAUUCUCCACCGAGUUCCUGGUGGAAUGUGCCGAUUCCGGCCGUCGUAAACUCUUUAAACAGACCUUCAAAGCCAACCUCAAGAACAGAGAGAAGCCAGAGAUCACCACCUACUCCAAGGCUACCGAUUACACACAGAUCACAUUCUAUCCGGAUCUCUCCAAGUUUGGAAUGUUGUCGAUGCUCGACGACGACAAUGUCGCACUGCUUACCAAGCGUGUCUAUGAUAUCGCCGGUUGCAAUCCAUCGCUCAAGGUAACACUGAAUGGCGAGGAUCUCAAUAUCAAGUCGUUCCAAAGCUACAUUCAACUCUACUUCAAGUCACUGGAGAAGGCACCGGAGAUCUACUAUGAGCGUGUCAGCGAACGUUGGGAAAUCGCCAUAGCAUUGUCACACGAAGGACAAUUCAACCAAGUUAGUUUCGUAAACUCUAUCUGUACCCCCAAGGGUGGAACCCACGUCACCCACGCACUUAACGAUGUGCUCGCCGAGAUUGGAAAAGCCGUACAAAAGAAACAUAAAUCCAAGGCCGAAAUCAAACCUGCAUUCAUCAAAAAUCAUCUCUUUGUAUUUGUAAACUCACUCAUUGAGAAUCCUGCAUUCGAUUCUCAAACCAAAGAGAAUCUCUCAACUAAAAUUACAUCAUUCGGAUCACAAUGUCAUCCAUCCGAAAAAUUCCUUAAAAAGAUUGUUGAAAGUAAAUCAGGUAUUGUAGAUCAAAUCAUUUCAUAUGCAAAACAUAAAGAGGAAAUGGCAAUGUUGAGAAAUACAACUGCUACAACCAAGAAGGGUUCACGUUUGAAUAUACCAAAGUUGGACGAUGCAAAUCUUGCAGGUACAUCACACUCGGAGGAUUGUACAUUGAUUUUAACAGAGGGUGACUCAGCCAAGACGUUGGCUGUCUCUGGUAUCUCUGUUGUCGGUUGGGACCACUACGGUUGCUUCCCUCUCAGAGGUAAGCUGCUGAACGUGCGUGAAUCCGAUGCACGUACAAUGAUGACCAACGAAGAGAUUGUCAAUAUCAUCAACAUCAUGGGAUUGCAACACGGUAAGCAAUACGAAGAUGUCAAGUCACUGCGUUACGGUCACCUGAUGAUUAUGACCGAUCAGGAUCACGACGGUUCUCACAUAAAAGGUUUACUCCUCAAUUUCAUCCAUCAUUUCUGGCCAUCGCUUCUUCGUAUCGAGGGAUUCCUGGUCGAGUUUGUCACACCAAUCAUCAAGGCAACCAAAGGAAACAAAACCAUUGCAUUCUACACCAUUCCAGAGUAUUUAGCGUGGAGAGAAGCAAACAACAAUGGAAAAGGCUAUGAAAUCAAAUACUACAAGGGUCUUGGAACAUCGACUGAAGAGGAAGCCAAAGAGUACUUCUCGCAGCUCGUCAACCACAAGAUUGACUUUGAGUAUGACAAUGGUGCCGACGAUGCCAUCGACAAGGCAUUCAACAAGAAGCGUGCAAACGAUCGUAAGACCUGGAUGGAUCAGUACACACCGGGUGCCUACCUCGAUCAAUACGGUAUCAAGAAAGUAAAGAUCACCGAUUUCAUCGACAAGGAAUUGAUUCUCUUCUCGAUUGCCGAUUGUGAGCGUUCGAUUCCAUCGAUCGUCGACGGUUUCAAGACCUCGCAACGUAAGAUUCUAUUCUCCUGUUUCAAGAGAAAUCUAAAGAAGGAGAUCAAGGUUGCUCAGUUGAUUGGUUAUGUAUCUGAGCAGUCGGCCUACCAUCAUGGUGAUCAAUCACUGGCGUCCGCUAUCAUUGGUCUGGCGCAGACCUAUGUCGGUGCCAACAACAUCAAUGUUCUCUAUCCAGGUGGUGGUUUCGGUAGUAGAUUGGCCGGUGGUAAGGAUUCGUCCGCACCUCGUUACAUCAAUACCCGACUCGAGGAGAUUGCACGUACUCUCUUCCCAGAGGAAGACCAUGCACUACUCUCACAUCUCACUGACGACGGUAAGCGUGUCCAACCGAAAUGGUACAUUCCAGUGAUCCCUAUGAUCUUGGUCAAUGGAUCCAAGGGUAUCGGUACUGGUUGGUCAUCGACCAUUCCCAACUACAACCCACGUGACUUGAUUGAGAACAUGAAGUUGCUCAUCGAAGGCAAAGAAUUGAAGCCAAUCGUGCCAUGGUACAGAGGAUUCAAAGGCACCAUCGAGCUUCAAACUGGAAAGACAUCGAAUUUCGUUGCCAAGGGUGUCUGGAGAAAGUUGGACGAAUAUCGUUUGGAGAUUACCGAACUCCCCAUCGAGUCUUGGACAAAUGACUUUAAGGAUCUCGUACAGAAUCUCAUUGAUCCACAAGGCAAACAAAAGAGAAAGGAAGCCAAAGAAAAGAUUAAACAAGUCAAGAAAGGUAAAGCUACAUCAACCAAGGUUGUAAAGAGAAAGAAGAAGGAUGAAGAUGAUGAUGAAGUUGUUAUUGCUGAUCCAAUUGUCAAAUCAAUGUCCAAUCAAGGUACAGUUGGUUCUAUUCAUUUCAUUAUUGAAACAUUGAAGCCAGUCGAUGAAAUCGAUGUUAACAAGACCUUUAAAUUGGAAAAGAAAUUGGCAGAAACCAAUAUGACUGUAUUUGAUGAAGAAGGUAGAAUCAAACAAUUCGAAACAACAACCGAUAUCAUCAAAUAUUUCUUCAAGAUUAGAUUGGAAUACUAUCAAAAGAGAAAGGAUUAUUUAUGUGAUAAACUUGAAGAGGAACACAGAAGACUUUCAAACAAAGCUAGAUUUAUCCUUGCUGUGGUCAAUAAGGAACUUGUGAUUGCCAAUGUAAAGCGACUCGACUUGGUAAAGAAAUUGAAAGAGAUGAAGUUUGAUCAGUUCUCAAAGAAGGUCGGUAAGAAGGCUGAAGAGCAAGUCAAGAAAUCAAAGGUCGACAAGGUAGAAGAGGAACUCGCUGUUAAUUCUGACCAAGAAGAAGAAGGAUCCGACGAUGAAAUGGAAAUGGAUGACGACUGCAGAGGAUACGACUACCUGCUCUCUCUACCAUUGUGGAGUUUGACAUUGGAGCGUGUCAAGAAGAUCCAAGAGGAAAGAGAAAAGAAGAAGGUUGAACUCGAUAAACUUAGAGGAACUGCCAUCACAACAAUGUAUCUUUUAGAUUUAGAUAAAUUCUCGGAAUCUCUUGAUAAACAAGACGCAGAGGAUCAAAGACUUAAAGAUAAAGGAGACAAAUACAAGAAGUCUGUCAAAGGAAAGACAGCUUUACCAAGAACCAGAAAAGCUAAAGCUGCUCCCAAGAAAAAGACUUUGGAUUCCGAUGAUGAUGAUGACUAUGAGCCUGCGAUGCCAAAGAAGGCAACCACCAAGAAGGCAGCCGCUGCUGUUGAACCGAAACCAAUCGCACCCAAACCAGCAGCCAAGAGAAAGAAGGAUGAGGCUUCACCUUCUUUGGGAUGCCUUUGUCACCAAAAUGAUGAUAGUAUGGAUGUAGAUCAAGAUUCAUUUAUCGUUGAUGAUGACGAUGACGACUUUGUACCACCAACAAAGAAGGUCAAAGAAACUAGCAAACCAGCUCCACCAAAACCAGCUCCCGCAAAGAAGAAGGCCGCUGCCAAAAAGAAAAAGGUAGAAUCAGAAUCAGAAUCUGAUUUUAUCAGUGAUCAGGAAUCGGAGGCCUCUGAUGCAGAAACACCACCACCAAAACCAAGACCAACUAGAACUAGAAAUACACUUCCAAAGUUGAACUUCUUUACCUCUGAUGAUAGUGACGAUGCCAUCGGUGAUGACAGUGAUGAUUAA